CGUCAUAUCUGACAGACUGCCAGAUAGCGAAGCAAGGAAGCCCAGUCAGUGAUCGAACUCGACGACAAAGUAAAAAUUGUACUAGGCGUGUGCCUCUGUGUUUCGCAUCUGCUCAAUUUUCCUACGGUUUUGGGAGUAAUUUGUGAACUUUUAGGUGCUUUGGUUCUACAUUGAAACCUCGACAAGUGAUUGGUGGUGAAAAGUUUCUAGUUUGAUUUGUUUUCCGCAAUCGCUCAACGGCGCUGACUGAGCUCGGUGCAUCCGUUCGGAUUAGCAACACAUGUCACGCGAAGGGACGGGCCUAUCCCGCAGCGGAAGUGGCGGCGCCGCCGGCAGCAGCAGUAGUAGUGGUCCACGCGAUUACGGGGCAACCGGGAGAAGCAGCAGUGCUGCGACGGCAGGCAUGGCGGCGUCGACCGAUGCGAACAACUUCGGCGGCUUCAGCCCGACGGAAUUCAUCUCGCUGAGCGAGUCCAUCGCCGCCAAUACGAUCUUCGUGAAGCAGAGCUGGCAGUUCCUGGAGAAGGCCAACCGGACCGUUGGCACUGCGAAGGACAACCAGACGCUGCGGGAUAAAGUGCAUGAUGUUCAGUCCGGAACGAAUCAAAGAAUCUCGACCACCAGCAAGGAUCUACAGCGAUUGACGGUGGUGGUGAGGCGAGGUGAUAAGCAACAGAAACUCCAGGUGGAGAAGCUCACAUCGGACUUCACGCAUGUGGUACAAAUGUAUUCCAAGAGCCAGCAGGUCAUCGCCGCAAAGAUGAAACAGGUCCUGCUGGUGAGUGCUUCCGAGCAAGAUGACCUGAAUCGGGACUUGAUAGGGUUUGGCGAUGGGGGCAGUCAACAACAGCUACAGCAACAGCAACAACAAGAUGCGAUGCGUCAACAGCAGAUUCAACGGGAUCUACAGUUCGAGCAGGACAUGAUGCUGGAGCGGGAGCAACGAAUGCGACAGAUCGAAGCCGACGUACUGGACGUGAACCAGAUCAUGAAGGAACUGAGCAGCAUUACCCACCAGCAGAGUGAAGUUAUCGACACCAUCGAGAACACCAUCGAGCACACGGUCGGCAACGUGGAAUCGGGCCACACGGAACUGGCCAAGGCGGCCGAAUACCAGAACCGGUACCGCCGCAAAGUGCUGAUCCUGCUGAUCAUUGCCGUGAUAUUGGGGGUUAUCAUUACCGGAAUUAUCGUGUCCAGGCUGAAAACUUAGACUAACCUGCUAGCGGGAAUGAGGUGGUCUAUAUAAUUUCGCUUCGGAGGUUUUUAGUUGGUAAGAGUUAUUAUUUUUUAUCGAAAUGUUAAUGCUAUCAUUAUAUGAAUAGAUAGUCUUUAGAGAACAAGUUUCGAAUAAUCUGCGUUUUUCUACUUGAGUAUAGAAGUGGGGUUAGGGAGAUCAUUGAUAUAAAAGAAGAGAAAGCGAGAUGUUCAUUUUGUUGUUCAAUUCAAUCGAUUUCAUAUCGUUAUACAACAUGGAAUCCAACUUAUUCUAGCACGAAUUCUAGGUUAGGGAAACAAACAGGAUCAAAAUGUGGUCAGAUCGAACUUGCUAGGUGAAUGUCUGCUUUUUCAUUUUUGUUCACGCUUGGUAGGCAAAUCGGAUACAAUAUUUCAAUUUUUUUCAACAACUGUCAGUGUUGCAUCAUAGUAGAAAUACAUAAAAUCAGAUAAUUAGCCUAAAUGAAACUACAUUCAUUUAUCAUCAGUGUAUUGAAAAUGAACCCAGUCUUACAGACGAAUGAUACCUAAAACCGAUCUGUUUAAUUCUUCAUUUUGUAGAACGAACAAUCAUUACUACGACUUAUUGAGAAAUAUUAAACAAUAAUGUUAAUAAAGAUCAAAUAUGAUGAAUAUCAUU